UCGGAGUUGAAGUGUGCUCGCUUGGACCCCAGUGCUCCCAGUGCUCCCAGUGCUUCCAGUGCAGGCAGAGUGCAGGUGCUGCCUGUGUGCGACCCCGCAGCGCUCCAGGCUCAGCUCCGCUCUCGUGUCAGGUCUGCCGACGCCGUCGCGGGGGAGGAGCCUGCGGAAUCCUGCGGUCACCAUGGAGACCGGGAGGGGGAGGAGUCGGUGGCGGAGCUUUCGAAGGCCGACUUAAGCAAGAGAUCGAAAUUCAUGAAACUACCGACAUUCAACAACUCAUUAUUAAAGAGAGUGCUGCCUGGGAGAGGAGAGAAGACUGAGAGAGGAGAGAAAACAGAGAGAGGAGAGAAGACUGAGAGAGGAGAGAAGACUGAGAGAGGAGAGAAGACUGAGAGAGGAGAGAAGACUGAGAGAGGAGAGAAGACUGAGAGAGGAGAGAAAACAGAGAGAGGAGAGAAGACUGAGAGAGGAGAGAAGACUGAGAGAGGAGAGAAGACUGAGAGAGGAGAGAAAACAGAGAGAGGAGAGAAGACUGAGAGAGGAGAGAAGACUGAGAGAGGAGAGAAGACUGAGAGAGGAGAGAAGACUGAGAGAGGAGAGAAGACUGAGAGAGGAGAGAAAACAGAGAGAGGAGAGAAGACUGAGAGAGGAGAGAAGACUGAGAGAGGAGAGAAGACUGAGAGAGGAGAGAAGACUGAGAGAGGAGAGAAGACUGAGAGAGGAGAGAAAACAGAGAGAGGAGAGAAGACUGAGAGAGGAGAGAAGACUGAGAGAGGAGAGAAGACUGAGAGAGGAGAGAAGACUGAGAGAGGAGAGAAAGGGUGAGAAAAUAGAGAGGAGAGAGGAGAGGAAACAGAGAGGAGAGAAAACAGAGAGAGGAGAGAAAA